GGCUCCGAUGCUUGAGGUUUAUGGCGCCGUUGGCGCUUCGACUCACUGAGGACUUGUCGGCGGCGUUGACGAGAUUAAGAGUUGGAGGGAGCAGGAUAACAGUUGCCAAGGGCACAUGUAUAAAUCCGCAAAUGAGGACGGAGGGUUUCGCGACGUUCGAAGCCAGGGCACGUAUCAGUAAUGCUGUCGCUCUGGUCUCCCAUGCUUCAGCUAUAGAAUUAACUCGAAGUUAUCAAUGACGAUCGAUAUGUUGUUACGGAGGACAGGUGACAUGGUGCGACAUCCCCAUUGCGCUCAAACUCUUGCAAGGACUUUUCCAGAUUGACUAGUUGUCCCAUCGCUGCGCUGGAUAGGUAGUUCUCGGAUUGACGAAAGAACAUAUCGCUAGUUAAACAUGUUAUGCACUAGGAAUUACUUCACCUACACGGUGA